GGAAUCUGCUGGACGAAAAAUGUUGACUAAAUUUUUCUGGGCUUCUUUCUAUAUUUAGAAAUGAUCUUAUUUCUAAAUAUUUUAAACAUAGCAUAAUACUUUUUAUUGCAAAGAACUGUUAAAUCUUACUUACCGAAGUGAAAUCUUGCUCAGCACCUUUCAAGAUCUGUAUAUUGUAAAUGAUAUAUUUGAUGCCAUGGCGUCUCCCAGCACCUCCUUAUCAGAUUGUUCCUGCAAAGAACCUGUUGAUUGUAAAGAUGAUGAUUUACCUCCCCUUCUCCUAAAUAAUCUACCAUCGGAACUCUUGAUUUAUAUAUCAAAUUUUAUUGAUGCAAAAACCAUCAUUAAAAGUUUGAUGAAUGUCUGUCAAGAAUUCUACGAUCUGUUUUCUUGUGAUUCAUACUGGAAACAAAGAAUUUCUAAAAGAUGGCCUCAAAAAUACCCAGCUAUACAUGUUGACGAUUUUGAUUGGCAAGAAGGAUGUAUCAUUCGAGAAGAGACAUAUCGACAGUGGAGUAACCCUGAUGAUCACCUGGACUAUUUUACAUAUAACGAAGGUUUAUUUGCAGCAGUGGAUACAGUUCAUUUGAUGAAGAACGGUUCUAUUCUGGCUGCUGGAUCAAGAGAUCGUUAUUUAACUAUUCUUGAUUUGGAUAAAUAUGAUAAACACAGACCUGAAUCAAAGAAAGAAAUGACAGUAUACAGUGAUUGUAAAAUUCAUAAGGGUUGGAUAUGGUCAUUAGCCUCUGUUGACAGUACAUUAGCUACAGGUUCAUGGGAUACAUUUAUACGACUGUGGAAUAUUGAAGCUGGAUGUCAACCAAUUACAGAAUUCAAGUGUAAAUCAGCCAUAUUGUCAAUUCAUAUGGAACCUGGUCUAAUUGUAGCGGGUGGCUACGACAAGAAACUUUAUUUCAUUGACCCGAGAGAAGGAAAGAAAAGUUUCAAACGUUUUCAUCGUCAGCCAGUGUUAUGUGUGGCUGCCGAUGAUAAUUAUAUUAUAACGGGUAGCGAGGAUAAAACUAUAAGUAUUUACGACAGACGGACAUCGUCAGUUUAUAAAACUGUAGAGCUUGAAAAUUGUUAUGCAUUAGACUUGAGUUAUGGUGAUAAUCAGUUGUGGUUUGGAGAUAAAGAGGGUCAACUACAUCUUAUGGAUGCUACAUAUGGCAAUUUCAACACAGUUGCUACAUAUGAUGUUGGCCAUAAAGGGAAACUUACUGGAGUAAAACAUACAAGGGGAGCUGUAUUUACAUCUUCAAGUGAUUUUCAUGUUAAUGUUCUUGAACCAAAUAUAAAUCCAUCACCAAUCACAACUUUAAAAGAGCACAAGGGUGAUGUUACAGGGAUCAGUUAUUUAAAUGGUAUCCUAGCAACCUCCAGCUGUGAUAUUUCAAUAGGAAUUUGGAGACCAAAGUCAUACUGAUAUCAGUAAUACAGAUGAAGACCAAUGUUCAAUAACUUAUUUCUGCUAGUACAAUAGUCAACGCAAUGUACAAACACAUUUUACCUCUUAUGGGUUAACUGUGAUAUUAUUUAAAUCAGUCAGAUCGUCAUAUCGGUCAUGCUUAUAAAUACAUAUUUUUCUAUGCCUAUGUGUCAAUACUGUUGUCGCCCCUGUCCGUCCAUGCCUUACUUCACAAGUUUUCUGUGGUUUCCUCCCACUUAUAAAGAUCCCUUGUCUGCAAGAGAAUUGUUGAAAUAAAACAAAAUAACAUGUUAAUCCUAAAAUAAUCAGGUUAGGUCAAAGUAAUUUAAUUUUUAUUUCUUAUCGGACUUGAUAGAUAAACAACCAGUUGAGUCUUGUGAACAAUGUUAAAAACUUAUACAUUUGAACUAAAAAAAACACUUUGGGGUUGGAUGGCCAAAUGGUUAAUGUGUGCGCGUUGCAUCAUAAGGUCUGUUAUUGAGUCAACUGGCAUGGUUUCGAUUCCCCGGUUGUAUGUGACAAGGAGUAGAGUCGCCUGUCCAACCUUGUGGGUUUUCCCAGGGUCCACAUGUUUCCUCCUAAUGCUAAAGACCCCUACACGCAAACGAAUUAUUGAAAUAAAAUUGAACCAUAUGUUAGUCCCAAAAUGACCUAGUUUGUAUCAAUUGGACGUUAAACCCCAUUUCUUUCUCUCUCUAAAAACACUUUAGAAGAGCAACCAAAUAUUUUUUGUUCAUUUUUUUUUGUCAAGGAAAAAUAAGCACAAUUUUAAUAGUUUUUUCCGAAAAAGUAAAAUUCAAACUGGUGUGACUAUUAAAUAAGUUACCACGGUAACCAGGACCUUUAAGAUAUUUUAAGAUAUCUCUACAUAACUGAUGAUUUUGGCCGAGGAACCAGGUCCUGUGGGGGGUUAAAAACCCAAUAUUUUUAUCAUGUUUGACAUUAGUUGAGCAUUAUGAUUAUAGUGUUAAAAAUCGCAUUAAAACCACAUGAUUUUUUCCAUUUUAUAGGGGACUGAAAACAUCAAAACCCACAUCAAUGCGACCCCGUCAUUUUGCUCUGGCAUUAUAAACAAAAUAUCACCCAUUAGAAUAUUUAUCAUAAUAUUAUAUAAUUUACCGGUGUUUGUAAAUAAUCUACGUUGAACGUUCAUUACAAUUUCAAAUUUAUUUACAAUGUUAAAAAUAUUUAUAAUUUUUCUAUUGUAGUCUCUUAUACCCCAUCAGACAGGGGUGGUGUCCUUACUGUGCUGCUAAGGCACCGGAAAAUAGUCUCAGAGCACGUCAAGGUCGCCAUAAGGGUGUUUAAAGCGUGGUGGAAACAACAGAUAUCGUCUUUGAAUGGCAUUUAGCGAUUGAACAUAAUAUAACACAACACAGUUCUAUGGAGAACAAUAGAACUGUGUUGUGUUAUAACAGAUAUCUGCUGUGGUUUCCAUUGUUGCAAAUGAUCACCGACUCACAGCGUUUAUUUUGAGCAUGUUCAGAAUAAAAGCCAAGGUUCUGUGAUCUGACCUGGAAGAUGUGAGAAUGCAGCUUUUUUUAAGUUUGUAAUUUUUUGGGAGAGUUUCUCGCGUUGUGUUAAUGUUAAUCGGCAACCUUGAGCAUUUUCUGGUCGCCGUACUGUCGCAGCAGCGCAGUACGGAAGCCACCCCAACUGACGGGAGCAUUAGCAUGAUUUGAAAGCGAUAUAGGAAUCCCUUACGAACUACAAUAUCGUAAAAGUUGAAUAUCUAAUAGGAAUAUCAUUUUGAUCAUGCUCUAUUAAGAUUUAUUUUUUGGUUAUGAUUCUUUGUGCGUGUGUCAAGUGUCCAAUCUCGGAUCAAGGAAAAAACUCCUAUGUGCAAAAAGAACAACUUUAAAAAUUUGCCACUCCACAUCAAUAGUCAUACAGCCGCAUAUAUAAGGGUUAUACUUGUAAAUAUCUUUUUUGAUAUGUUUCACAUUUCUGUAAAUAUUGCUCAAUCUUGUGUAAAUAUUGGUGUAAGGAUUGACAUUUCUUCUGUCAUUUUUUCUGAAAAUGUUUUGUCAUUUAAACAUGCAUUAUGUAAGAGCUAAAUCCACUAAUUACAGUUCAUUCUUUGGGCCUUAAAUCUUAUAUUAAUUAUUAAUUAGACAUUUAUUAACAUGACAAGACCAUAAUCAACUCUCGAUGCCAUCAGAUUCGAAUGGCUUAGAUUUUAAGUAGAUUAUAAUGGUUCGACCAUUUAAUGAUUUACAUUAAAAAUGGAGAAGCAAGGCUAAGACUUGAAUGACCAGUACGGUGGUUACAAUCAGUGCACACAUCUUGUCAAACCUUCAAAGGCUAGUAUCUUCGCUCAGAAUUAAGUAAUUUGAAUGAAAUUUUCAAUAUAUUCAUUUUGCAUUAUCUAUUUUUGAACUACCAGCCCUUUAUCUAAAUCUUACAUAAUGCUUCUUUAAAUGAUAAAUAAUCAAUUUCAGUCAGCUACAUUUUAGCGUGGAUUAAAAUGUAACAAAUUUAUAUUUUCCAAAAAAGUAAUUGACGCACAGAGGCUUUAAGCACAAGUUUUCAGGAUUACAAUUUGCAUUUUCUGUUGUCAUUUGCCUAUAUUAUUUUUCCGUUUUAAAUUAAUUUAACUUUUCUGUAUAUUUUUUUAUUAAAUGUUUAUUAUGUACUGUUUGGUUUAAGGAUUAUAAUUUAUAUUAAUGCAUUUAAGAUGUAAAGAUAUUUGUAAUAAUAUUUAACACUUUUUCAAUUAUUAUUGAGUAUUUCUCUUGGUACAUUAUAUGCCUUAUGAGAUUUCAAGUAGGCUACACAUAUCUUGUUGUGUGUUUUAUGUUAACAUAAAUAAAAAAAAACCCACA